GCUUCAGUGCAGGCGGGACGCUGCAGCCGCUCCAGCAGCAGCAGCAGCAGCAGCCUGAGCUGAGCCGAACUGAGAGAGAUCUAUUGUUCCUCUUACUCCCCCCUCCUUUUCCCCACUCAGCCCCCCUUCUGCUGUACUGGUCCCAGCAAAGCCGGCCAUACAGAGACGGAGGCGAGACGGAGCAAGAGGACAGAAGAGCAGAAGAGAAAAGGAGAGAGAGAGGGAUAGAGCCCGGAGAGUGGAUUUACUCUGUGCUGGAGGAAACCACGUAGACACGUGUGUCAGAGAGAGGAGAGAGAGAGAGCGAGGGGGCAAGUGAGGGACAAUAGCAGGCUCCUCUGCUCCUUUCGUGUGGAGUCUGUAUGCAUGUGAGAGUGUGUGUUCCUGUGUGAGUGUGUGUGUGUGUGUGCUGCUGCUGCGCAUCGGACUCUGUCGGAGCAGACCUACUACCUGCACUGUGUGGAUCUAAGCACUCGUGCUGAAGCCAUGAGGCUGCCGGCCGGUGGGGCUGCUGCAGGACCACGGCCAGCUGCCCGGAUCUUCAGGGUCGCUCUGCUGUUUAUGUGGCUGUUGGACGUGCAGGCGCAGACACUGACCAACGGCAACAAACCCACCUAUAUCUGGGAGACAGGACCCUGGGGCAGGUGUAUGGGCAGUGAGUGUGGUCCAGGGGGCAGCCAGAGCCGAGCAGUGUGGUGUGCCCAUUCUGAGGGCUGGACUACACUCCACACCAACUGCCUGCAGAGCGAGCGGCCUGACAACCAACAGAGCUGCUUCCGCGUUUGCGACUGGCACAAAGAGCUGUAUGACUGGCAGCUGGGCGCCUGGAACCAGUGUGUGCCUGUCUCGAUGCGGAACCCUGGGGUGCCGCGGCCGGCCGUGUGCACACGGGGUGAGGAGGGCCUCCAGACCCGUGAGGUGGGCUGUGUCCAGAAGGCCGACGGAGCGCCCGCUGACGAUGCCAUCUGCGAAUACUUUGAACCCAAGCCGCGGCUGGAGCAGGCCUGCCUCAUUCCCUGCCCACGGGACUGUGUGGUUUCGGAGUUUUCUCCUUGGACCAUUUGCUCUAAGACUUGCGGCAUGGGCCUGCAGAACCGUGUGAGGUCCAUCCUAGCACCACCACUGUUCGGGGGCUCAGCCUGCCCCAAUCUCACAGAGUUCCGCACUUGUCAGCCUGGGCUAUGUCCAGGUCCAGAGAGCAUGUUCAGCCUUAGGGUGGGCUCCUGGGGGCCUUGUGCCAUACCUCCUUCUCGCCAGGCCAGACAAGCAGAGCCUGAGCCACCCACACCAACAAGCAGACCAAAGCGCCCAGGUAGACGAAAUCGUCCAGACAAGCCAGAUCGUCCAGAACGGCCGAAUCGCCCUGACCGAGCCAAUCGUCCAGACAGACCGAAUCGCCCAGAGAGAGCCAAUCGUCCAGAAAGGCCAAAUCGCCCAGACAAACCAAAGCGCCCAGACAGACCAAAUCGUCCAGAUCGGCCGAAUCGUCCAGACCGACCUGACCGUCUGACGAGACAGGAGCGACAGGCCAAGCGGCGCAAGAACAAGGAGAAUAAAGAAGCAAAAGGCGAGAGAGUGAGGCAGAGGAUGAGGGACAGAGGCAAGGUUAAAGAUCCAGAGACUCAAGAGCUUAUCAAGAAGAAGCGAACAAGGAACCGGCAGAACCGGCAGGGUGGGAAAUUUUGGGAUCUGCAGGUGGGCUACCAGACGAGGGAAGUGAUGUGUGUGCACAGGAGUGGGAGUACAGAGGAACUCAGCCUGUGCAAUCAACAGAGCCUUCCAGUCACAUACCAGGCCUGUGUCAUCACCAAGGACUGUGAGGUGACUGAGUGGUCUGAAUGGGCAGCCUGCUCCAAGGAAUGCUACGACUUGAACGGGCCCAAAGGUCAGCGUACUCGGACUCGGCGUAUUCAGCAGUUCAACGUUGGCGGAGGGGCAGAGUGCCCUCAUCUGGAGGAGUCUGAGCCAUGUUCUCCUCAGGGGGAUGGAGUUCCGCCAUGUGUAGCGUAUUCCUGGAAAGCUACUGAAUGGAGUGAAUGUAGGGUAGAUGUGCUUCUCAGUCAGCAGGACCGCCGGCGUGGUAAUCAGACCGGCCUGUGUGGAGGAGGAAUCCAGAACAGGGAGGUGUACUGCGUCCAGGCCUCCUCUGACCCACCAUCCAACCUCAGCUCCCUCAAGAGCAAAGAAGCAUCCCGGCCUGUGAACAGUGACCUGUGCUUAGGGGUUCCUCCAAACACCACUCAGCUGUGCCACAUCCCAUGUCCAGUGGAGUGUGAGGUAUCAUCCUGGAGUGCUUGGGGACCUUGCACCUUUGAGAACUGCCAGGAUCAGAGCUCUAAGAAAGGUUUCAAACUAAGAAAGAGGAGGAUUCUGAACGAGCCCACAGGCGGAACAGGAAACUGCCCCCACUUGACUGAGGCGAUACCAUGUGAGGAGCCCAGCUGCUACGACUGGCUGCUGGUGAAACUGGAGGAGUGUAUUCCUGACAAUGACAGAGAGUGCGGACCUGGGACCCAGAACCCUCAAGUACAGUGCAUCAACAGUGAUGGUGAAUAUGUGGACACACAGCUGUGUCGGGAUGCUAUCCUGCCCAUGCCUGUGCUGUGUGAGGUGCCUUGCCCGAAGGACUGUGUGCUGAGCCCUUGGACGGCCUGGUCCCUCUGCUCUCACACCUGCUCAGGGAAGAACACGGAGGGCAAGCAGACCAGAGCGCGCUCCAUACUGGCCUACAACGCAGGAGAAGGUGGGGUCCAGUGUCCUAACAGCAGUGCACUACAGGAGAUCCGAAGCUGUAAUGAACACCCCUGCACUGUGUACCACUGGCAGACAGGUCCAUGGGGACAGUGCAUAGAGGACACCUCCGUCCCCUCAGCAAAUGGCUCCCUCAGCCGCAGUGGAGCUGGUGCAAGCGGCACGGAGGCCUCCUGCUCUGUGGGCAUGCAAACCCGCAAGGUCAUCUGUGUCCGAGUCAACGUGGGCCAAGUGCCACCCAAAAAGUGCCCAGAGAGUCUACGUCCAGAGACAGUAAGGCCGUGCUUGCUGCCGUGCAAAAGAGACUGCAUCGUCACACCCUACAGUGAUUGGACCCCUUGUCCUUCUAGCUGUAAUGCAGGUGGAGUCACCAAGAAGAAGCAGUCAAGAAAACGGAUCAUCAUUCAGCUGCCAGCCAAUGGCGGGCAAGACUGUCCAGAAGUGCUCUUCCAGGAGAAGGAAUGUGAGGCACCUUCAGUGUGCACUGGCUACAGGUGGAAGACUCAUAAAUGGCGGCGGUGCCAACUGGUGCCGUGGCCCAUUCGGCAGGACAGCCCAGGGGCUCAAGAAACGUGUGGUCCAGGACUACAGGCUAGAGCGGUUUCCUGCAGAAAGCAGGACGGUGGGCAGGUUGAUAUCGGGGUCUGUCUGAAGCUGGCCGGUCCGAUGCCCUCGCUCACCCAGUCCUGUCAGCUCCCGUGUCAGGACGACUGCCAACUGACCAGCUGGUCCAAGUUCUCGUCCUGUGCAGCUGAUUGUGUGGGAGUGCGAACUCGCAGGAGGGCACUAGUGGGUAAAAGUAAGAAGCGUGACCACUGUAAGAACACUCAGAUAUAUCCUUUGAGUGAGACCCAGUAUUGUCCUUGCAACAAAUACAACGCCCAGCCCGUGGGGAACUGGUCAGACUGUAUCCUGCCUGAGGGAGGACGUGUGGAGGGUCUUCUGGGCAUGAAGGUGCAGGGCGAUAUCAAAGAAUGCGGUCAGGGCUACCGUUACCAGGCCAUGGUGUGCUACGACCAGGACAACCGGCUAGUGGAGACGUCUCGAUGCAACAGCCAUGGUUACAUUGAAGAAGCUUGCAUCAUUCCCUGCCCCUCCGAUUGCAAACUCAGCGAGUGGUCCAACUGGUCACGCUGCAGCAAGUCCUGCGGUAGUGGCGUCAAAGUGCGGUCAAAAUGGCUCAGGGAGAAGCCCUACAAUGGCGGACGCCCAUGCCCAAAACUGGACCAUGUUAAUCAGGCUCAGGUGUAUGAGGUUGUACCAUGUCAGAGUGACUGCGGUCAGUAUGUCUGGCUGGCUGAACCUUGGAGUGUGUGGAAAGUCAGCAAUGUGGACUUGAAGGAGAACUGUGGGGAGGGUGUGCAGACCAGGAAAGUUAGGUGUAUGCAAAAUACAAUCGAUGGCCCUUCAGACACAGUGGAGGACUACCUGUGUGACCCAGAGGAGAUGCCCCUAGGAGCCCGGGAAAGCAAGCUGCCCUGUCCAGAAGAUUGCGUUCUCUCAGACUGGAGCCCCUGGAGUCGAUGCCCACUGCCAUGCAAUGCAAACAACACUCGUGAAAAAAAGGCCAGCCCCAUCCGUCAGCCUGGAGAAUCAAAGCAGUGUCCACCCACAACUGAGAAAGAGCCAUGCACCCUCAACACCAACUGCUUCCACUACUCCUACAACAUCACAGACUGGAGCACGUGUCAGCUGAGUGAACGGGCUGUGUGUGGCAGUGGCAUUAAGACACGUAUGCUGGACUGUGUGCGCAGUGACGGCAAGUCUGUGGAUCUCAAGUUCUGUGAUGAGCUUAAUCUAGAGAGGAAAUGGCAGAUGAAUGCUUCCUGUGUGGUGGAGUGUCCCAUCAACUGCCAGCUGUCUGACUGGUCCUCCUGGUCCGAGUGCACUCACACCUGUGGGCUGUCAGGAAAGUUAUGGAGAAGGAGAACGGUGAUCCAGGCCUCCCAGGGUGACGGUCGUCCGUGUCCCGCUCAGCUGGAGCAGUGGAAGCCGUGCCCGGUUAAACCCUGCUACAGCUGGAGAUACAGUGCCUGGUCUCCGUGUAAAGCUGAGGGUGCUCGGUGUGGAGAAGGCCUGCGCUUCAGGAACGUGUCCUGCUUUGUUUCGGAUGGCUCUGGGAAACAGGAGGGCAGUUUGGUGGACGAGGAGCUGUGUGGAGAUCUGGAACAGACAGUGGAUGGAGAUAAACAGAUCACUCUGGAGGAGCCCUGUACUGUACCCUGUCCAGGCGAGUGUUAUCUGACAGACUGGACAGUGUGGAGCCCGUGUCAGCUGAACUGUGUGGGUGGAGAUGAUCUGGGUUUCGGGUCGGUGCAGGUGCGCUCUCGGGCGGUGCUCGCUCAGGAACCGGAGAACCUCCUCCAGUGUCCGGAGCAGGAGUGGGAGGCCAGGCCAUGCACAGACGGUCAGUGUUAUGACUAUAAGUGGAUGACUGGUGCAUGGAAAGGUUCCUCUCGUCUGGUAUGGUGUCAGCGAUCGGAUGGACUAAAUGUCACAGGUGGAUGCCUGGCGACAAGUGAACCCGUGUCAGACAGGUCAUGUGACCCAGCCUGUGACAAGCCCCGCUCUUACUGCACCGAGGCUGGUAUAUGUGGGUGCGAGGAGGGAUACACUGAGGUGAUGACAUCAGAUGGGGUUCUGGACCAGUGCACUGUUAUCCCUGUGCUAGAGAUCCCCACAGCUGGAGACAGCAAGGCGGACGUAAAGACCAUCAGGGCCUUCAGUCCCACUCAGCCCACCAACAAUCUGCCAGGCCGCUCUGGAAGAACGUGGUUCCUGCAGCCCUUUGGGCCAGAUGGUAAGCUGAAGACCUGGGUGUACGGUGUAGCAGCAGGAGCGUUUGUGCUGCUGGUGUUCAUCUUCUCCAUGACUUACUUAGCCUGCAAAAAGCCAAAGAAGCCCCAGAGAAGACAGAUGAACAACAGAUUGAAGCCUCUGACGCUAGCUUACGAUGGCGACGCUGACAUGUAGCCUCUCUGGAACCACCACUGAUCCUGUAAACCGCAUUACUCCACAGCUGCCUACUGGCUACAGCCUGCGCAGAAUUCUGGACUGCUUUUUCUAUGACAUGAUAGAAACUCAGACUCUGCCCCUGUUUAUAAUUAGUCCCCAUUUGUCCCUCCUCCCUUUUUUACGUUUCAACUUUUUCAACUUUUCACUGGAGCCUUCACAAACUCUUCUCUUCUUAAGGAAGUCUGCCUUUGCCUUUCUGCCAUUCUGUACCAUAGACUUGUCUUUCAGAAGGAAAUCUGUCGGAGAGGGCCCUUUUCCAGUCGAGAGGGUUUCAGUUUUGUGUGUUUUAUUUUGCUGAGAAAGCACAAGGAUAUCGUUUCUUCCUCCUCAGGCGUGUUGCGACUGCAAUGUUUGGAUAACUCCUUAUCGCACAGUUCUUGUUAAAGUGAUCCGUCACUGUCCUGCUCCAAAAAACACACAAAAAACUCUCCAUCUGUGUUUGCUUGUUGCAGCCAUCGUCUCAACAGUAUGGUGAUGUUGGAUUCGAGGUUGGUACUCAGAUUUGACAGGCCUGCUAGCAUCCCCUACAGAAACUCUGGCCUGCCUCUCCCCCUCUCCGUAUUCAGGUCCCAUUUUGCACUAUAUUAGUGCAGCAUGAUCAACUUAUUGUAACAUUGCCAUAGAAAACUGCCUCUCUCAAUACAGACAAUGUACAUUCUUGUGCUAGUUGUGUAAAAAAAAAUAAGUAGCCCUUUUUUGCAGAAUAACAUUUGGUUAAAGUUACUUACUUUAACUCUUGUGAUAAAAUGGGACACAAAUGUAAAAUACUUUUUUGUGGUCGCCACUAUCCCCUUGUAACAUGUACAGUUGGAGUCUACUAAGUGUUGCGUUAUUUGCCUGACUAACUUUAUGUACGUUGUUUCAUUUUCUCGUUUUUGACUGUGGGUUUUGAAGGCUCAGUUCAGUGAAUUGCUUUCUGUUAAUUUUCUGAUUUAAAAGGGCUCCAUGAUCACAAUCUGAGAGCAUACAGAAGUUCUGAACACAGAACAAUCCUUAUUUCUAAUAGGGGUUUCUGCUCUGUAUAAAAGCUGGAGCUAUUGUGUAACAGUAGCCCCCCCAAAAAACUAAAUUUAAACCAAUGCUAUUUAUGUAGGAUGUUAGGAAGAAUUUGGACAGCUAUUCUGAACACUGUAGAGAAUGUGAUGGUGAUCCUUUCUAAAACCCCUGUAUCCAACCCCACUUUAACUUCAAAUGUACAACUGAGAAAAGUUAAAAACGCUGAACUUGAUAGUCAGUUUUGACUAAUGCAGAGGAAUUCAGCAUCAACAGGGAUGCAGACUUGAGCGAUCUUUGAAUGGCGUUCCAUGUUUGGAUUAUAAGCACAGGCAGUAUUAAUGUGCAGAAUGAGGGAUAAGCUAUAAUAACUACAGUAUGUAUUAUAAAACAGCUGUUUGGCCUCUAGUGGCAUAUCAUUAACUUAUGAACAUUAACGUUAUCAACAGCAGAUGAAAGGAAUGUUUACUUUUUUUUUUUAAUUAUGAGUUGUAAAUACAUGGAUGAUUUUAUUUAUUCAUUUUCUGUAUCAUAUAUAAAUAUGUUAAUUUCUUUUUUUAAUGCACAAAACGUUAGGAAAAACUGUGUGUAUGAAUGGGCAUGCAUGUAUGUGAGAGAGAAAGCAAGAGGAGAAAGAGAAUAAAGAAACAAAAAGAGAGAGUGUGUGUGUUUGCGUGUGAAAGAGAGUGUGUGUGUGUGUGUGUGUGUGUGAGAGAGAGAGAGAAAGCAAGCGAGAGUGAACAGCUACUGAUCUUCUCUGGGGCUAUCCAGAUUUACUGUGUGAAAAUGUUGCUCAGCUUUGUCCUUUUCCUACAGGUUGUUUAUAUGUAUCUGAUGAAUUGCUGAUAAUAAACAAGAAAAAGUC